AUGCCGAUUGCACGGAUUGCACGGCUGCUGGCGCCGGCCUCUGUGCGCGCCGCGGCUGCUGCCUCCACCUCCUCUGCAGCCACAUCGACACGCUCGGUCUCGUCCCUGACGACGGCCAUGUCGGCACUCCGCGUGCAAGCCAGCGCACCCAACGUGCAGCAGCAGCAGCGCGUGUUCUCGCUCGUCGCCGCCUCGGCCACGCGGCCGACCACUGCUGCCGCCUCCGCAUCCACCUGCCAACACAAGCACACCCCCGGCAACACCCACGCACACACGCACGCUGCCGGCCACGGCCGCCGGCAACAGGUGCGCGGCAUGAAGGUGCACAGCUCGGUGAAGAAGCGGUGCGAGCACUGCAAGGUGGUGCGGCGCAAGGGCGGCAAGCGGCAUAAUGGCUACAUGUACAUUGUCUGCUCGGCAAACCCGCGUCACAAACAGAGACAAGGUUGA